CAAUUACUGCAGAUGCUCCUACUGCUUCUAGUUGUCGUGGCUUCUGCAGUACAUUUAAUCGAUGCAGCAUCUUGUGGAUCGUCUGGAAUUCCUUUCCGGCUAGAAGUAAUGCCUGACGGACAUCCAGUGCUCGGUUGUGCCAGUCCGAUAUGCUUUGGAACUGAAGCCGGUGGCCAGAGAGUGAUGCACGAUAGUCAGUUUGAUACUGGGCCGAACGGAGUCGAUGGUUUCUUCCGUGAAGGAGAUUUAGAUAAACCAAGAAGCAGAUAUCCGGAAGCCCCUGCUCAACUUGCUGACUGCCCGGCAGGGUUUCCAAGCAAAUCGUGCAAUGAAGCAAACACUUGGGUUGGCGGAAUCAAUUUCAACGCUGAUGGAAUAUUAGAACUGCAGUGUUGCAAAUAUGAUGAAAUGAAGUUUUCAACAGAAGUUGGAAGGCCUGUUGUAAGACCUGGUGAAGUAUACUCUGGUGGCGAAGUUAUUCGUGACGGCAGGCAAACUGGUUUUGAUCUCAUAUGCGGUAUAAAACAAAUCCCAGAAUCUUUUGGGAAAUCGGCAUUUCAAUUGACUGUUUGUCGUAUGGCUUGUAUACCAGACCCCAAUGAGGAAACUAACGACGUUGAUAUUGAUGAACAAAAAGAGAUCACCAGAAUUUUGGACAAAGUAGAAGAGCCAUCAUCAGAAACUCAGCCACUGCAACCCCUACCGCAAACUUCUAGUGUCGACGGUACUGAUGCAAAACCAGUACCAGUACAAGAAACCCGGACCUAUCCGGGCCAGACGGCUACUGUUGAACACGUUCAAGGCACUGAUACUGACCAAGUCGUCCAAUUUCUUCUCUUCUUAUCAAACCUAACUCUUUUUCAGAUUGGUGAAUCUGUUAUACCAGUGCAAAGUGGAGGCGGUUAUUACUAUCCAGUAGAAGGGGGUGUACCUGCAUGCUUUUCAGCAGACACCAUAGUGCGUACCCUCAAUGGUGAUAUUGCUAUGAAGGACCUUGAAGUUGGGGAGCUUGUUCUCACCAAAUUUGGAAACACAACAGCUUUUACCGAAGUUAUAACGUUUAUGCAUUUAUUACCCGAUCAGAAAGCUUCAUUUGUUCAAGUGGAAACUGCCGAUGGUAAUUUACUAAAGCUAACUCCAUUGCAUUUCAUCUAUAAAACAAGCUGCUCGACAACAUCGCAUAGAGAUGAAUUAGUUUAUGCCGAAGAUCUCAAAAUUGAUGAUUGCCUAUAUACCUUAAAUAGUGAAAACCGUAAGUUUAAUACAGUUUUUAUUCACUAA